CUAGUAACCCACAUGGAAACCGAUUUCUCUAUGUUUUGAGUUACGGCGCCGACUGCUGCGGUUUGAAAUAAUCAAUCGAAAAGAAGCAUUUUAUCACUUUCUAAGGAAACUAGCGUUCCCUGCAUUUCACAUAAACACAUAUAACGCAGCUAUGAAGAUAGAGGAAGUAAAAAGUACUACAAAAACUCAAAGGAUUGCCUCUCACAGUCACGUCAAAGGUCUGGGGCUAGACGAGGCCGGGAAUGCUAAGCAGGCGGCAUGCGGACUGGUCGGGCAGGAGGCUGCAAGAGAGGCCUGCGGGAUCAUCGUUGAGAUGAUCCGUUCCAAAAAGAUGGCAGGAAGAGCAGUUCUGUUGGCAGGACCUCCCGGAACAGGAAAGACUGCCCUUGCUUUGGCUAUGGCACAGGAGCUAGGAAACAAAGUGCCCUUCUGUCCCAUGGUUGGCAGUGAAGUGUACUCGUCUGAAAUAAAGAAAACAGAAGUACUUAUGGAGAAUUUUAGAAGAGCAAUUGGUCUGCGCAUCAAAGAAACAAAAGAGGUGUAUGAAGGGGAGGUGACAGAGCUGACCCCAUGUGAGACGGAGAAUCCUAUGGGUGGCUACGGAAAGACCAUCAGCCAUGUCAUCAUCGGCCUGAAGACAGCCAAGGGCACCAAGCAGCUCAAGCUGGAUCCCAGCAUUUAUGAGAGUCUUCAGAAAGAGCGUGUGGAGGUGGGAGAUGUCAUCUACAUCGAAGCUAACAGCGGCGCUGUCAAGAGACAAGGUCGCUGUGACACCUUUGCAACGGAGUUUGACCUUGAGGCAGAGGAGUACGUACCACUUCCUAAAGGUGACGUCCACAAGAAGAAAGAGAUAGUCCAAGAUGUCACACUUCAUGACCUGGAUGUUGCAAAUGCCCGGCCACAGGGAGGUCAGGACAUACUCUCUAUGAUGGGGCAGCUGAUGAAGCCCAAAAAGACAGAAAUCACAGAUAAACUUCGUGCGGAGAUCAACAAGGUGGUGAACCGCUACAUAGACCAGGGUGUGGCUGAGCUGGUACCCGGCGUGCUGUUUGUGGACGAGGUUCACAUGCUUGACAUAGAGUGCUUCACUUACCUUCAUCGAGCUCUGGAAAGUAGCAUUGCUCCAAUCGUUGUGUUCGCCUCCAACAGAGGAAAAUGUUUGAUCAGGGGGACGGAGGACAUUAGCUCUCCACAUGGGAUCCCUCUGGACCUACUGGACCGGGUCAUGAUAAUCCGCACCAUGCUGUACACACCACAGGAGAUGAAGCAGAUCAUCAAGAUCCGUGCUCAGACCGAAGGGAUCAGCAUCAGUGAGGAGGCUCUCACACAUCUGGCAGAAAUCGGUACCAAAACAACCCUCAGGUAUGCUGUCCAGCUACUAACACCAGCCAACCUGCUGGGCCGCGUUCAGGGCAAAGAGAACGUGGAGAGGGAGCAGGUCGAGGAGAUUAAUGAGUUGUUCUACGAUGCAAAGUCUUCAGCCAAAAUCCUUCAAGAUCAGCACCACAAGUUUAUGAAAUGAAAGUCCGUCCAGCUUCUUCCCCUCCAUGCUCAGAUGUCACCUUCUCUUUCUCUGCUUUGCUUUUUUGCAUCUCAAGCCUUUCACUGUAGUAGUUCUGUUCUAAUGGAUUUAUAGUUUUAAUAUUUGUUGUUUAAGUUUUUGAAAUAAAAAAAAGUUCAUU